AUGGGUCUCGGUGUGUGGAAAUCGAGCACCUGCGACACCGCCGUGACCGCGGCCUUGAAGAAUAACUACAGGCACAUCGAUACCGCCCGUGCAUACGGUAACGAGCGCGAAGUCGGCGAAGGGAUCCGCGCCUCCGGCGUUCCCCGCUCCGAGAUCUUCGUCACUUCAAAAAUCAACGACGAAGACCACGGCUACGACUCUACCCUCCGCUGCGUCGACGAAUCGCUCGAACUCCUAGGUCUCGACUACAUCGACCUCUACCUUAUCCACAACCCCCGCUCCGGAACCGAAAAGCGUCUGGAGACGUGGCGGGCGCUCGAGAAAUGUGUAAAAGAUGGGAAGGUAAGGAGUAUUGGAGUUAGUAACUACGCUCCUCGCCAUAUCCAGGAAAUCUUGGAUUUGAGCCCGAAGAUCAAGCCUGCGUUGAAUCAGAUUGAGUUACAUCCGUACUCGCAGCAACGCGAGAUCACGGAUUACUGUAAGGAGAAGGGAAUAGCGCUCGCUGCGUAUGCGCCCUUGACCCGAUGCAAGCAUUUUGACAAACCAGAGGUCGUUAAGGUAGCUGAGAAACACGGUGUCACGACACCCCAGGUUCUUGUUCGGUGGAACCUGGAGAAGGGGUAUGUCGUGUUGCCCAAGUCCGAGAAGGAGGAGCGUAUCAAGAGUAAUGCGGAUGCGUACGGGUUCAGCUUGGAUGAGGAGGAUAUGAAGUUGUUGGACACUUGUGAUAAGGGUGACUGUUCUGGCAUGGUGUGUUCGUGGAGACCCAUGAGCAUUCCUUAG